GAAAGAAAGACAGAGAGACAGGAGAGAAACAAAGAGAGAGGCAGAAAGAGACACAGAGAGAGAGACAAAGGAAAGACAGAGAGGCAGAGAGAGAGAGAGAGAGAGAAAGAGAAAAAAACAGAGAGAGGAAAAAGACAGAUCGAGUCAGAAAGAGUCAGAGAGAGAGAAACACAGAGAGACAGAAGAAAGACAGAGAUAGAGAGACUGGGAGACAGACAGUGAGAAGGACAGACAGACGGAGAAAGAGAGACUGGCAGAGAGAACGUCAACAGCUAACAGUAAACAAACAAAGCUGUUUUAAAACAUUAUACAUCCAGAUGAUUGUCUCAGUCAAUGAAUGGAAAUUAAGAAAACACAAGAUACUGACUUUAAAAAAAAUCAAUAUUUACAAUUCGUAGAACUACUUGUUCGAUCAAUGGAAAAUAUCGAUUACCGUAUAAACGACACGCAGGCAAUUAAACAUGGAAUUGAUAGCUUCCAACCUGUAUAGUAUUUUUUUAGCUUAUUUUUACAACAUUUUGUAAGUGUAAAUAAAGAGACUAGUCACUAAUCUAAAAUGGAAAUGUGGAUGUUUGAUCUGCUGUUUGUAUUUAGCUUUCUUUGCUGCGUCGUUUUGUGCGACAUUCAGAGCAGAAUUCAUAACUGGAAAGUAAAAGAGCUACAAGCAAGUAGAUGGAGACGAGAGACCAAUCAAAAGCUCUGUCAGUUCAGGCGUUCACUCUCGGAACAAAACUUAAGACUUCAACAAGUAGCUCGUCAACAACAAAAGUUGCGCAUGACUCGACACAAUGACAGAGCUCAAGUCUUGGCAGAGAUAACAAGUUUGAAAGCGUCAACACAAGCGCAGAUAAAAGUAACGGAAGAACAAUGGUCCCGGCAAAGAUCUCAUCAAGAAAGGCUCCAUAAUGAACUCUCAGACCAAAUGUCUUUAAACCAGCAAAGUUUCCAACAACUUCAACAAGAAAACCACAAAUUAAAAAAACGAAUCAAAGAACAGGGCAAUCUAUUACGGGAGAUAUCACGAGCACAAAUAUGUCAACAAGAAACAUUUCAAAAGCAAAUUUUAGAACAAAAAGAGUCAGAAGAGCAAAGAUUGGAUCUACAACAGAGGGAGAAUGAAAAAAUAGAAAAACAAAUGGAAGUCCAAUAUAUGGUGUUUCAAAAAAACUUAGAUGAACACAAAUUAGACCACGAAAACACCAAACAGGAGCAGAAUCUUGUAAUUAAACAUACACAUUCUGAGCUUAAAAAGAUUAAAUCUCAGCUUGCAGAUCAAUUAUCCCAAAACAUCUCAUUGAGACAAAAAGUGAUGAUUGAAAAGUCUGAGCAAGAUCAACGCAAUAAAAGCCUAUUAGAACAACACAAGUUGGAUCUACACACACUAGAACAGAAACUAUUAGACCAACAAGAGUUGAAUAUGAACAUGCUAAAACAACAACUUCUAGAGCAAAAAUCUUUACAGAAAACACAGUUUGACCAACAGAAACUAGAUAAACAGAGGCUAGAGCAACAUAUACUAGAUGUACAGACAUCAAUAGAACAGAAAUUAGCUCUGAAAAGAUUAAACCAACUAAAAUAUUUUUUGAUAGAACAUAUUAAGGAUGAUGAUGAUAGUUUAGGAAAUGAUGAUAAAGUUCAGAUUUCAGUAUCUGAGAGUCUAUGUCGAUGUCAUUCUAUGAACUCUUGUUCAGAUUCCUCAUCUGAGAAAGACAGAGAUACCAAAAAUACACCGUUUGGCCCCAAAUUCAAAGAUCUUCAUGGUCUAUCUGUGAACGAGGCUAUUUUCCAAUGUGAUCGCUUCCUGUACAAGAAGAUCGAAGAGUAUCACGACAGCAACUUUCGGAAAGAGGACAGAUUUGCCAAAAUCAUCACAGGAAGGGGAAACCACAGUGAAAAUUCUGUUCCGAAAAUCAAGCCCAGUGUGGAAAAAUAUCUUGAAAAGAAUAACUAUAAUUACAAAUGGAAAAGCAAUGGAGGAAUGGUAGAAGUAGAUUUACUGUCCAAGAGAAGAUUUGGAACUGAAGUGUAAACCAAGACAUUUGUUAAGUCAACUAAGCAAAGGAAAAACAUAAACAGAGGCUGAAACAUUUGCGGUAUAUUGUCGACAGAGAAGGAAAUGUCUAAACAUCGAUGCCAAAAAUUCAAAAUCUUUUUCAACUCUUCUAAAACACAAUUUCGCAUUAUUCAUUGUAUAUAUGUUACUCGUCCUUGUUUUCAUACUGUUAUUUGUAAUCGUUUCUGUAUUCGUAUUCGUUCUGUAGUCUGGUGGCUUAGAAACAAACGCUAUAUGGGCCUACUAUUUGGAGGUGGUGAAGACGUUAGAACAUCCCUGGGGAAGUGCAGAGGCCAUAUCUAAUAGAAAAUUAUGUUAAGAAUUAUGAGAGAUGGCUCUUCACCGAUCUCUCUGUUCGAAGGUUCCCUAUCAACUACAUGAUCAUUUGAUCACAGCCGUUACCGUGAUUCCAGAUCCCGUCUACUCAGAGUUUCGCCUCUAUGGAAACCUUAGCCCGGGGAAGCGGAUAGUCUAAGAACAAGAUCGAGCCUCGCUUUCAGUGGGCUACCGCAGUUAUGCUUUAGUGAGAGCGUACAUGCACGUGGUGAGAAUGGGAUAAGGGCUUGCUAACCCAGUCCCGACCGUUGCAGAGUUCCCUAAUGCGGACCAUACGCGUGGUGAUGAUUCUCCCACAGAUUUUGCUUUGGUACAUUAUAGGAACAAGGAAAGUCCCACAGUGGGCUCGGUCUCCGACCUUCGCAUUGGAGGAGGAACCUAAGACGUUGGCUCAAGAACUCAGGUCUCACGAAAGACAGGUGGAAAAAAUGAUCACCUUGUUGUUGGGGGCGGCUCCUGUCAGGGCGGUUGGUGAGGAGCCAACUUCUCAUCCUUGCCAGACUUGGUAGUGCCUUAGUUAUUAUACAAAGUGUGUCCGUUUCAAACCCUUCUAAUCUAUAUAGAAGCAAUAUUUUACAUUCCUUUUGCUUUUCAAUGUCGGUUACUGUAAUAAAAUUGUUCAGAAUAUUUUGAAAUUUAAGUGUUAAGACUUAGCACAUGCCACACUGCGCUCUUGUUAAUAGAAACUGGCAAAAAAAAAUGUAGACCAACAUUUGUCUAUAAGCCUUAAAGUCACCAAGAGGCCGUUGCUUAAAACAACACAAAUUAAAAGCAAAUAAAACAACACAUUGGUUUCCAUU